GGAGCGGCAGCGUCCGGACCUAACCGAAGUCGAAUUUUAAAUGUAAAAUUCGAAUUUUAAAUCCCCGAAUCCCGACUGGAAAGGCCACCAGUUUUUAUUUUUUUACGUGAUAUUCGUUCGGAAAUCUGACUAUUAGUGAUUUCGAGUGAAUGAGUGAAAAUGUGUGACAAGUGUACUCAGCGAUAGGAGAGGAUUUUGUGCGUUAUUUCGCAUGUGCUAUGCAUUUCCCGAGGAGUGGAGUUGGAGUAACAUUUGACAGUUGAGUGAAGAGGACGCAAGAUGGCGGAACCGGAGGGGGGAGCGAGCGAGCAGGAUGAUGUUUCAUUCCUGCGUACGGAAGACAUGGUAUGCCUGUCCUGCACGGCUACCGGUGAAAGGGUAUGCCUGGCGGCAGAGGGCUUCGGUAACAGGCACUGCUUCCUCGAGAACAUCGCCGAUAAGAACAUACCGCCCGACCUGUCGCAGUGUGUGUUUGUUAUUGAACAGGCUUUGUCAGUGAGGGCUCUACAGGAAUUGGUGACGGCUGCCGGCUCUGAAACUGGCAAAGACAAUUUAGGCAAAGGUACAGGGUCGGGCCACAGGACCUUGCUUUACGGCAAUGCUAUACUUUUGCGGCAUCUCAACAGUGACAUGUAUCUGGCUUGUCUGUCGACGUCGUCAUCCCAGGACAAGUUGGCUUUCGACGUGGGUCUGCAGGAGCACUCCCAGGGUGAGGCCUGCUGGUGGACACUGCACCCGGCUAGCAAGCAGAGAUCUGAGGGCGAGAAAGUUCGCGUUGGUGACGACCUGAUUCUUGUCUCUGUGGCUACUGAGAGAUACUUGCACACGACAAAGGAGAACGAAGUAUCGAUAGUGAACGCGUCGUUCCACGUGACACACUGGUCGGUGCAGCCCUACGGCACGGGGAUUUCCCGUAUGAAGUACGUCGGCUACGUGUUUGGAGGGGAUGUCCUGCGGUUCUUCCACGGCGGCGACGAGUGUCUCACUAUACCUAGUACUUGGAGCAAAGAUGGCGGAGGGAAUAUCGUAGUCUACGAAGGCGGCUCCGUCAUGUCCCAAGCCCGCUCAUUGUGGCGACUAGAGCUGGCGCGCACCAAGUGGGCGGGCGGGUUCAUCAACUGGUACCACCCGAUGAGGAUCCGGCACAUCACUACCGGCAGAUACCUGGGUGUUAAUGACCAGAACGAACUGUAUUUGAUCAGCAGAGAAGAAGCAACAACAGCUUCUUGCGCUUUCUGCCUGCGGCAAGAGAAAGACGACCAGAAGGUGGUACUAGAAGACAAGGACCUGGAGGUUAUCGGAGCGCCUAUCAUCAAGUAUGGUGACUCCACUGUCAUUGUGCAACAUUCCGAGACUGGGCUGUGGCUUUCUUACAAGUCCUACGAAACAAAGAAGAAAGGCGUGGGUAAGGUGGAAGAGAAGCAGGCUAUUCUCCACGAGGAGGGCAAGAUGGACGACGGCCUGGACUUCUCACGCUCACAGGAGGAGGAGUCACGCACUGCCAGGGUCAUCAGGAAGUGUUCGUCACUCUUCACCAAGUUCAUCAAUGGCCUGGAAACUCUACAAGAGAACCGUCGCCACUCGAUGUUCUUCGCGUCAGUCAACCUCGGAGAGAUGGUGAUGUGUCUCGAGGAUCUGAUUAACUACUUCGCUCAGCCUGAUGAAGAUAUGGAACAUGAAGAGAAACAGAACAAGUUCCGUGCUCUGCGCAACAGACAGGACUUGUUCCAAGAGGAGGGUAUCCUCAACCUGAUCUUAGAAGCCAUUGACAAGAUCAACGUCAUCACAUCGCAAGGGUUCCUAGCAGGGUUCCUAGCUGGGGACGAGUCUGGGCAAAGCUGGGAUAUGAUUUCUGGAUACCUCUAUCAGCUACUUGCCGCAAUAAUCAAGGGAAACCACACGAACUGUGCGCAGUUUGCCAACUCGAACCGCCUCAACUGGUUGUUCUCUCGUCUCGGCUCGCAGGCUUCGGGGGAGGGUACCGGCAUGCUCGAUGUACUGCAUUGCGUGCUGAUAGACUCGCCUGAGGCCUUGAAUAUGAUGCGGGACGAGCACAUCAAAGUUAUCAUCUCGCUCCUCGAGAAGCACGGUCGUGACCCUAAAGUCCUGGACGUGUUGUGCUCUCUGUGUGUCGGUAACGGAGUAGCGGUGCGGUCGUCUCAGAACAACAUUUGUGACUAUCUGCUGCCUGGGAAGAAUCUGCUGUUACAGACGGCAUUGGUGGAUCAUGUGUCCAGUGUCCGUCCAAACAUCUUCGUGGGUCGCGUGGAAGGUUCAGCGGUCUACCAGAAGUGGUACUUCGAGGUCACCAUGGACCACAUUGAGAAGACCACACAUAUGAUGCCGCAUCUACGAAUUGGCUGGGCUAACACUGCUGGGUACGUCCCCUACCCGGGUGGAGGAGAGAAAUGGGGCGGCAAUGGAGUGGGCGACGAUCUGUACUCGUUUGGUUUCGACGGCGCCUACCUGUGGUCCGGAGGGCGCAAGACUGCCGUCAACAGGACACAUGCCGAGGAGCCCUUCAUCAGGAAAGGUGACGUCAUCGGAUGCGCCCUCGACUUGACCGUGCCGAUUAUCAACUUUAUGUUCAACGGCAUAAGGGUCACAGGUUCAUUCACCAACUUCAACUUAGAAGGCAUGUUCUUCCCGGUCAUCAGUUGUUCCAGCAAAUUAAGUUGUCGCUUCCUCCUAGGAGGUGAACACGGUCGACUGCGCUACGCGGCGCCUGAGGGCUACUCCCCGCUAGUAGAGUCUCUAUUACCACAACAGAUACUGAACCUGGAACCUUGUUUCUACUUCGGCAACCUCGCCAAGCGAGCCUUAGCUGGGCCGCCCCUUGUUCAAGACGACACUGCGUUUGUGCCCACUCCUGUUGAUACUAUGUUGAUCACACUGCCGUCGUACGUGGAACAGAUCAGAGACAAGCUAGCAGAGAACAUCCAUGAAAUGUGGGCGAUGAACAAAAUUGAAGCGGGCUGGAUGUACGGUGAUCAACGCGAGGACCUGCACAAGAUCCACCCGUGCCUGGUGCCCUUCGAACGUCUCCCGCCAGCUGAGAAGAGAUACGACAUACAACUUGCUGUGCAGACUCUCAAGACUAUUCUGGCUCUGGGCUACUACAUCAGCCUGGACAAGCCACCGGCGCGUAUCCGUAAUGUUCGCCUGCCCAAUGAACCUUUCAUGCAAUCAAACGGCUACAAACCAGCACCGUUAGAUUUGAGUGCUGUCACCCUAACACCGAAGAUGGAUGAGCUGGUCGACCAGCUAGCAGAGAACACUCACAACCUGUGGGCCAGGGAGCGGAUACAGCAGGGGUGGACUUAUGGCCUUAACGAGGACUCGGACAUGCACCGCUCGCCUCACCUGGUGCCAUACCCGAAGGUGGACGACGCUAUCAAGAAGGCCAACCGCGACACCGCCUCCGAGACCGUGCGCACUCUGCUGGUCUACGGGUACAACUUGGAUCCACCCACCGGGGAACAGCAUGAGGCUUUACUACUGGAGGCGUCAAAACUGAAGCAAGCAGACUUCAGGACAUACAGAGCUGAGAAGAACUACGCAGUCAGUUCUGGCAAGUGGUACUUCGAAUUUGAGAUCCUCACCGCUGGACCGAUGCGGGUCGGCUGGGCCCACGCUGACAUGCCACCAGGAAUGAUGUUGGGCCAAGAUGAAAACUCUUGGGCGUUUGAUGGAUAUAAUGAGGAAAAAGUGUACAGCGGUAACUGUGAGUCGUUCGGGAAGCAAUGGGCCGUUGGCGACGUGGUGGGCGUGUUCCUAGACCUGAUCGAUAAGACGAUAAGUUUCUCGUUAAAUGGAGAGUUGUUGAUGGACGCUCUUGGUGGGGAGACGACGUUCGCUGACGUGCAAGGAGACAACUUUGUACCAGCCUGCACACUUGGUGUUGGGCAGAAAGCCAGAUUAACAUACGGUCAAGAUGUGAACACUCUGAAAUACUUCACAACCUGUGGUCUUCAAGAAGGCUAUGAGCCUUUCUGUGUCAACAUGAAGAGAGACGUGACUCAUUGGUACACCAAGGACCAGCCGAUCUUCGAAAACACUGAUGAGAUGGCUGAUACGAGGAUUGACGUCACCAGGAUACCAGCUGGUUCUGAUACUCCACCGUGUAUGAAGAUCUCACAUAAUACUUUCGAGACCAUGGAAAAGGCUAACUGGGAGUUCCUUCGACUGUCUCUACCUGUGAUAUGCCACGCCCAGUUCAUAGAUGAACAAGAAAAGUCUCGUCGUUGGGUAGAGAUUAAAGAACGCCAGCAGAUCCUCAUGAAGGAAGCGACGGAAGCCCAAAUGCCAGCUCACAUUGACCAGAUCAUGAGGAGUGGAUUCACCAUGAACGAUAUCAAAGGUCUGCACUACGACGAGAAUCAAGAGGAGCCAACUACCUCCAAGAUGAAACGUCAGCCUUCGAGGCCGCCUCGCAAGGGGUCAAUGACCCGGGGGGUCACGAUACAGAAUUACAAUUUGCAACCAGGACAAGUGAAUGGUAUGCACCGGUCAACGAGUGAAGCCGAGAUGGCGAAGUAUGAACUGGGGGCUCAAAGCGUGGCUUCUGAUGAGAAGAAGGACAAGAGAGGACGAUCGCCUUUUAAAUUCUUCAAAAAACGCGGCGAAAGCGGCGAUCGGGCAAAGUCUCGGAAAUCCAAGACGCCAGAUCCGUUCAGUGAUGCUGAGGUGUCUCCAGAAAGAGGCACAAUGAGGCGGCCUAACCCGCAAAUCCGAGUAUCCCAGGCAAAUCAGAGGUAUAACCAGUAUAACGCCAUGCAAACACGACAAAGUCGCGGCAAUGUAUACGAACCACAAAGCCUAACAAACUUGUCCGUGCCAGUACCUUCGCCACAGCAAGACAGGAAACAGAUGACGACCGCCACUCUUGCUCAGUCCACCACAGAGACAAUUGGAAACGAGAUCUUUGACUCGGAGUGUCUGAAGCUCAUCAAUGAGUACUUCUAUGGUGUCAGAAUAUUCCCCGGCCAAGACCCGACCCACGUGUACAUCGGCUGGGUGACCACGCAGUACCACCUGCACUCCAAGGACUUCAACCAGGGCAAGGUCAUGAAGUCUUCCGUUAUCAUCACCGAUGACUACGAUCGGGUUGUUGAGAGUGUAAACCGCCAAUCAUGCUACAUGGUGCGAGCUGACGAGCUGUACAACGAGGUGAUGGCCGAAGCGACGGCUAAGGGCGCCUCACAGGGCAUGUUCAUCGGCUGCUCUGUCGACACCAGCACCGGCAGUGUCUCCUUCACCUGCGAGGGCAAGGACACCACCAUCAAGUUCAAGAUGGAACCAGAGACGAAGCUCUUCCCAGCGAUCUUCGUGGAAGCGACAUCGAAGGAAAUACUUCAGAUCGAAUUAGGUCGCUCGGCCACCAGCCUGCCGCUCAGCGCCGCCGUGCUACCGACCAGUGACAAGCACGUCAUUCCGCAGUUCCCGCCGAGGCUUAAAGUGCAGUGUCUUAAACCGCAUCAGUGGGCUAGAGUGCCGAACCAAUCCCUACAAGUGCACGCUCUGAAAUUGUCCGACAUUCGUGGUUGGUCCAUGCUGUGCGAAGACGCCGUGUCUAUGCUUGCUCUGCACAUACCAGAGGAAGACCGCUGUAUAGACAUCCUGGAGCUGAUUGAAAUGGACAAGCUGCUGAGCUUCCACUCGCACACCCUCACGCUAUACGCUGCUUUGUGCUACCAGAGUAAUUACAGAGCCGCGCACGCGCUAUGCCAACACGUGGACCAGAAACAGCUGUUGUACGCUAUCCAGUCUCAGUACAUGUCCGGACCUCUGCGACAGGGCUUCUACGAUCUUCUCAUCGCCCUGCAUCUGGAGUCACACGCUACCACCAUGGAAGUAUGCAAGAACGAGUUCGUCAUCCCUCUGGGACCGGAGCUGAAGGCUUUGUACGAAGAUCCCGAAAUGGGCCACAGCCUGCGGUCGCUACAGACUGAGAGCGUCCGGCCGCAGAUGAAGAUGACGGAUAUCGCUGAAAACAUAUCGGACAUAAGCAACCUGUACUCGCCCUACUUCCCCCUGGAGGUGGUGCGCGAGUUCGUGAUGCAAGCGUUGGCUGAAGCCGUCGAGACCAACCAGGUGCACAACCGCGACCCUGUAGGAGGCAGCAAUGAGAAUCUAUUCUUGCCUCUAAUCAAGCUCGUAGACCGUCUGCUACUGGUGGGCAUGAUGCGAGAUGAAGAUGUUGAAAAGCUACUCAUCAUGACCAACCCAGAAACCUGGGACCCUACGUUUGAUAAAGAGGGUAAAGACGAGCACCGCAAAGGUCUCCUCCACAUGAAGAUGGCGGAAGGAGCUAAACUUCAGAUGUGCUACCUUCUGCAACACUUGAAUGACAUCCAGCUGCGGCACAGGGUGGAGGCCAUCAUAGCCUUCGCUCAUGAUUUAGUUGGGGAUCUUCAGACUGAUCAGUUGAGACGUUACGUAGAGAUCAAGCAGUCUGAUUUACCCAGCGCAGUGGCCGCUAAGAAGACAAGAGAAUACCGUUGUCCACCGCGAGAGCAGAUGAACGCUAUACUGAGUUUCAAACACAUGGACGAAGAGGACAAAGAGAAUGUCCCAUGCGGCGAGGACCUGAUUGCCAGAAUGAAUGAGUUCCACGGCACGCUGAUGGCGCACGUCUCACUCACCGCGCUGCAGGAACCUGACGGCGAUGAGUCAAAUGAGCCUGCAACGAAACCCGGUGCAUUUGGCAAGCUGUAUAAUAUAAUUAAUACCGUCAAGGAAUUGGAAGAAGAGCCAAAGCCUAUCGAAGAGCCACCAAAGAAGACGCCAGAAGAAAAGUUCCGGAAGGUGCUGAUUCAGACAAUAGUAUGCUGGGCAGAGGAAUCGCAGAUAGAAACUCCCAAACUUGUUAGGGAGAUGUUCAGCCUCCUCGUCCGCCAAUACGACGCUGUUGGCGAACUGAUUCGCGCGUUGGAGAAGACAUACGUGAUCAACUCGAAGACGAAGCAGGACGUGGCGGAGAUGUGGGUCGGCCUCAGCCAGAUACGAGCGCUGCUGCCGGUGCAGAUGAGCCAGGAGGAGGAAGAGCUCAUGAGGAAGAGGCUUUGGAAACUGGUCAACAAUCACACUUUCUUCCAACAUCCUGAUUUAAUUCGUGUUCUCCGCGUGCACGAGAACGUGAUGGCAGUGAUGAUGAACACUCUCGGCCGACGCGCGCAGGCGCAGUCCGACGCCGCGCCCUCUUCGCAGCCCGCCGCCGACGAAGGCAAGGAGAAGGACACAUCUCACGAGAUGGUGGUAGCCUGCUGCCGCUUCCUCUGCUACUUCUGCCGCACGGGCCGUCAGAACCAGAAGGCCAUGUUCGACCACUUCGACUUCCUUCUAGAGAACUCCAACAUUCUGCUGUCUAGACCAUCGUUGAGGGGAUCCACGCCCCUUGAUGUCGCUUACUCUAGUUUGAUGGAGAAUACUGAGCUGGCUCUUGCUCUGAGAGAACACUACCUAGAGAAGAUAGCAGUGUACCUGUCGCGAUGUGGUCUGCAGAGCAACUCUGAGUUGGUAGAGAAGGGAUAUCCCGACCUCGGCUGGGACCCAGUCGAGGGUGAACGAUACCUUGACUUCUUGAGGUUCUGUGUUUGGGUUAACGGCGAAAGCGUAGAAGAGAACGCAAACCUGGUGAUUCGCUUGCUGAUCAGAAGACCAGAGUGCCUCGGCCCCGCGUUGCGAGGCGAAGGCGAGGGUCUGCUCAAGGCAAUAGUGGAUGCCAAUAAGAUGAGUGAAAGGAUCGCUGAUCGGAGGAAGCUCAGGGAGAUGGAGCAAGAAGGGGAUGUUACCUUCAGCCACCCACUACCGGAGUCAGAUGACGAUGAAGAUUACAUUGACACCGGCGCAGCCAUCCUCAACUUCUACUGCACGCUCGUCGACCUACUGGGGCGGUGUGCGCCUGAUGCUGCUGUUAUCGCUCUGGGCAAGAACGAGUCUCUCCGAGCGCGCGCCAUCUUGCGGUCGCUGGUGCCACUAGAAGAUCUGCAAGGAGUGCUCAGUCUAAGAUUCACGCUCAACAACCCAGCCAUGGGGGAGGAGAGACCUAAGUCAGAUAUGCCAUCGGGGCUAAUCCCGGGCCACAAGCAGAGCGUGGGUCUUUUCCUGGAGAGAGUAUACGGCAUAGAGACCCAAGAACUGUUCUACAGACUGCUGGAGGAGGCAUUUCUUCCCGAUCUGAGGGCUGCAACUAUGUUGGAUAGAAACGACGGCUGUGAGUCUGACAUGGCUCUGUCCAUGAACCGCUACAUCGGCAACUCGAUCCUGCCGCUGCUCAUUAAGCACGCGUACUUCUACAACGAGGCGGAAAACUACGCCAGUCUACUCGACGCCACGCUGCAUACUGUUUACAGGUUGUCAAAGAACCGCAUGCUAACAAAGGGUCAGCGUGAGGCCGUUUCAGACUUCUUGGUGGCUCUGACCUCGGCAAUGCAACCCGCCAUGUUGCUGAAGUUGUUAAGGAAACUCACUGUGGACGUGUCUCAGUUAUCCGAGUACACCACUGUUGCUUUGCGGCUUCUAACCCUCCACUACGAGCGUUGCGCGAAGUACUACGGCAGCACCGGCGCAGGCGGCGGCGUAUACGGCGCGUCCUCUGAUGAGGAGAAGCGUCUAACCAUGAUGCUGUUCUCAAACAUCUUCGACUCGUUGAGCAAGAUGGACUAUGAACCCGAGUUGUUCGGGAAGGCAUUGCCUUGUCUCAUUGCUAUUGGUUGUGCUCUGCCACCGGACUACUCGUUGUCUAAGAACUAUGAUGACGAAUUCUACGGGAAAGAACCGCAAUCCACCGGUGGUCCAGACAACCCCCAGUACGACCCGCAGCCCAUCAACACGACGUCAGUGGCUCUCAACAACGAUCUCAACACUAUUGUGCAGAAGUUCUCAGAACAUUAUCACGACGCUUGGGCCUCCAGAAAAAUCGAGAAUGGCUGGGUGUAUGGUGAAUCUUGGUCUGAUAGCCAAAAGAGUCAUCCUCGUUUGAAACCCUACAAUAUGCUCAAUGACUAUGAGAAAGAGCGCUACAAAGAGCCUGUUCGCGAGUCCCUGAAGGCUCUGCUUGCUAUCGGCUGGUCGGUGGAGCAUUCCGAGGUGGACAUCCCCAGCACCAACCGCAGCUCCAUGAGAAGACAGUCCAAAUCUGGCGGGCAGCGCCCUACCGAUAUAGUGACGGACUCGGCGACUCCGUUCAACUACAACCCACACCCUGUGGACAUGACCAACUUGACACUGUCGAGAGAGAUGCAGAACAUGGCUGAGAGACUCGCGGAAAACGCUCAUGACAUCUGGGCGAAGAAGAAGAAAGAAGAGUUGGUUACUAACGGAGGAGGAAUCCACCCACAACUGGUACCAUACGACCUUCUCACCGACAAGGAAAAGAAGAAGGAUCGAGAACGUUCUCAGGAAUUCCUGAAGUACCUUCAAUACCAAGGAUACAAGCUGCAUCGACCUUCGAAAGCCUCCCAGAGUGACACGGAACAGACCACUGCGGGCGUGGCAAUAGAGCUCAGAUUCGCUUACUCAUUGUUGGAGAAACUCAUCCAGUAUAUCGAUAGAGCUACUAUCAAUAUGAAGCUGUUGAAACCUUCUACGACGUUCAGUAGAAGGUCUAGUUUUAAAACUAGCACGAGGGAUAUUAAGUUCUUUUCUAAGGUGGUUCUCCCACUAAUGGAGAAGUACUUCUCAACGCAUCGCAACUACUUCAUAGCGGUAGCAACUGCGACCAACAACGUCGGCGCAGCCAGUUUGAAAGAGAAAGAGAUGGUUGCAGCUCUGUUCUGCAAACUGGCUAGCUUGUUGAGAUCUCGAUUAGCGGCAUUCGGGCCAGAUGUCCGAAUCACAGUGCGCUGCCUGCAAGUCCUGGUGAAGGGUAUAGACGCCAAGUCCCUGGUCAAGAACUGCCCCGAGUUCAUCCGAACUUCAAUGCUGACAUUCUUCAACAAUGUCGCUGAUGACCUCGGGCAUACCAUACUUAAUUUGCAGGAGGGUAAAUACGCGCACCUGCGAGGCACACAUCUGAAAACCUCCACCUCCCUCGGCUACAUCAACGGCGUGGUGUUGCCAGUACUCACUUCCAUGUUCGACCACCUCGCCAACUGCGAGUACGGGGCGGAUCUGCUUUUGGAUGAGAUCCAAGUGGCGUCUUACAAGAUGUUGGGGUCAUUGUACGCUCUGGGCACGGACGCGACUCUCACGCACGACAGGAAGUACCUCAAGACGGAGAUCGAGAGGAACAAGCCCGCUUUGGGAUCCUGUCUUGGAGCGUUCAGCUCGACGUUCCCGGUGGCGUUCCUGGAACCGCAUCUCAACAAACAUAACCAGUUCUCACUGCUCAACCGAAUCGCUGACCACUCCUUGGAGGCUCAAGAUAUAAUGGCCAAGAUGGAGCAAUCAAUGCCAACUCUAGAAACGAUCCUGGGUGAAGUGGACCAGUUUGUCGAGUCAGACAAGACGUACACUGACGCACCGCACAUUAUUGAUGUGGUGCUGCCUCUGCUGUGCUCGUAUCUUCCGUUCUGGUGGGCUCAGGGUCCUGACAAUGUUACGCCCACUGCUGGAAACCACGUCACCAUGGUAACAGCUGAACACAUGAACCAGCUUCUGAAGAACGUCCUAAAGUUAAUCAAGAAAAACAUUGGCAAUGAAAGCGCUCCCUGGAUGACACGCAUCGCCACAUACACCCAGCAAAUAAUCAUCAAUAGCUCAGAGGAGCUCCUGAGGGAUUCCUUCCUUCCUCUUGCUGAGAGGGUGAGAAAGAGGACCGAUAAUAUGUUCCAUAAGGAGGAGAGCUUGAGAGGAUUUAUCAAGUCUUCAACUGACGACACGUCGCAAGUAGAGUCGCAGAUACAAGAAGACUGGCAGCUGUUAGUGAGGGACAUCUACUCCUUCUACCCGCUGCUUAUCAAGUACGUCGACUUGCAAAGGAACCAUUGGCUCAGGAACAAUGUACCAGAGGCGGAAGAACUGUACAACCAUGUGGCUGAGAUAUUCAACAUCUGGUCUAAGAGUCAGUACUUCUUGAAGGAGGAACAGAACUUCAUAUCGGCGAAUGAAAUCGACAAUAUGGUGCUAAUCAUGCCUACAGCUACUCGAAGAGUCACCACUGUGGUCGAUGGUACACCGCAGGGUGGUGGCAAGAAAAAGAAGAAGCACCGUGACAAGAAGCGAGACAAGGAUAAAGAAGUGCAAGCGUCGCUGAUGGUGGCGUGUUUGAAGAGGUUGCUGCCAGUUGGACUUAACCUGUUUGCCGGUCGCGAGCAGGAGCUCGUGCAGCACUGCAAGGACCGCUUCUUGAAGAAAAUGUCCGAGCAAGAUGUCUCCGAAUUCGCUAAAACCCAGCUGACUCUACCGGACAAGAUAGACCCUGCUGAUGAGAUGUCGUGGCAACACUACUUGUACAGCAAACUGGGGUCGAAGAGCAAGACCGCGAUAGCCGUGGAGACAGCUGAGAACAAAGCCAAGAUUAUUGAUGAUACGGUCGAGAGGAUCGUCGCUAUGAGCAAGGUCUUAUUUGGGUUGCAUAUGAUCGACCAUCCUCAACAAAUGAGUAAGAAAGCGUAUCGCUCCGUCGUGUCUAUUCAGAGGAAGAGAGCGGUCAUAGCUUGCUUUAGACACACACCUAUACAUUCCUUACCAAGACAUCGCGCUUGCAACAUCUUCGCCCGCACUUACUACGAACUGUGGCUGCAAGAGGAGAAUGUGGGACAAGAAGUCAUGAUUGAAGAUCUUACUCAAUCGUUCGAAGAUGCAGAACUGAAGAAGAGCGACGUGGUAGAAGAAGAAGGGAAACCCGAUCCUCUGACACAGCUGGUGACCACAUUCUGUCGAGGAGCUAUGACAGAGCGUUCGGGGGCGUUACAGGAGGAUCCCCUCUACAUGUCGUACGCGUUCAUUAUCGCGAAAUCUUGCGGCGAGGAGGAGGAGGAAGGUGGCGGUGAGGAGGAAGAAGGUGGUGGGGAGCCUGAGGCCGAGGAUGAAGGGGGGGCUAGUAUACACGAACAAGAGAUGGAGAAACAGAAACUCCUCUUCCACCAAGCUCGUUUAGCAGACCGGGGAGUAGCAGAGAUGGUGUUACUGCACAUCUCCGCAUCCAAGGGGGUCCCCAGCGAGAUGGUGAUGAAGACUCUACAACUGGGCAUCUCUAUACUGAGGGGCGGUAACAUUGAUAUUCAAAUGGGUAUGCUGAACCACCUGAAAGACAAGAAGGAUGUGGGCUUCUUCACCUCGAUAGCUGGGCUCAUGAACUCUUGCUCCGUGCUCGAUCUGGACGCCUUCGAGAGGAACACCAAGGCUGAGGGUCUCGGUGUGGGCCUGGAAGGCGCGGCCGGUGAGAAGAACAUGCAUGAUGCAGAGUUUACCUGCGCGUUAUUCCGGUUUAUACAGCUCACUUGUGAAGGCCAUAACUUGGAAUGGCAGAACUACCUCCGUACCCAGGCCGGUAACACGACGACGGUGAACGUCGUCAUCUGCACGGUCGAUUACUUGCUGCGGUUGCAAGAAUCCAUCAUGGACUUCUACUGGCACUACUCCAGCAAGGAACUAAUCGACCCGGCCGGCAAAGCCAACUUCUUCAAGGCAAUCGGAGUGGCCUCGCAAGUGUUCAACACACUUACUGAGGUCAUCCAGGGACCUUGUACGCAGAAUCAACAAGCUUUGGCGCAUUCCAGGUUAUGGGACGCGGUAGGCGGUUUCCUCUUCCUUUUCUCGCACAUGCAAGACAAGCUGUCGAAGCACUCCUCGCAAGUGGACUUGUUGAAAGAACUGCUCAACCUUCAGAAGGACAUGAUCACCAUGAUGCUGUCUAUGCUUGAAGGAAACGUUGUUAAUGGUACAAUCGGCAAACAGAUGGUGGACACUCUAGUAGAAUCCGCAUCCAACGUAGAGCUGAUCCUCAAAUACUUCGACAUGUUCCUCAAGCUGAAAGACCUCACGUCCAGCCCCAGUUUCCAGGAGAUUGAUGGAAACAAUGAUGGAUGGGUGCUGCCCAAAGACUUCCGCGAGAAGAUGGAGCAACAGAAGAGUUAUACGCCCGAAGAGAUAGAGUUCUUGCUGGCGUGCUGUGAGACCAACCACGACGGGAAACUGGAUUACAUCGGCUUCUGCGACCGGUUCCACGAGCCCGCGAAGGAGAUCGGGUUCAAUCUCGCUGUGCUGCUCACCAACUUAUCCGAGCAUAUGCCUAAUGAACCCAGGUUGGCUCGUUUCCUAGAGACCGCUGGUUCGGUCCUGAACUACUUCGAGCCCUUCCUGGGUCGUAUCGAGAUCAUGGGCGGCUCGAAGCGCAUCGAGCGAGUAUACUUCGAGAUCAAGGAGUCCAACAUCGAGCAGUGGGAGAAGCCGCAGAUUAAGGAAUCGAAACGCGCGUUCUUCUACAGCAUAGUAACUGAAGGUGGUGACAAAGAGAAGUUGGAGGCUUUCGUAAACUUCUGUGAAGACGCUAUCUUUGAAAUGACGCACGCUUCCGGCCUGAUGGCGGCUUCCGAGGAGUCCGCCGGAGGACCCAAGAAUAGGGAGGCCGCUUACAUGUACAUGGGCGAUGAUGAUGAUGAACGUGGCAAAGAUCCAUUCCGGCGCGGUCUUCAAUCGGUAAAGGACGGCAUUUCCACGGCAUUCUCGUCUCUAUCACCUUCGAACAUAAAGCAGAAAAUCGGAGAUCUACAACAGAUGCCACCAGCUGAAUUGGCAGUUGGUUUCUUCAAGAUGUUCUUCUAUAUGUUCUACUACUUGGGAUAUGGCGUAUUGGUUGUUGUUAGGUAUAUAUUCGGCGUACUCCUCGGCUUGAUGCGAGGUCCUCAGUUGGACGAACCGCCACCAGAACCGACGGAGGAGGAGAAAAUUGGUCAGUUGAAGCUCAGAUUGCUCACACAGUCAAGUCCAACAAGACAUCUACCAGCGUUACCACCGGCGGAUGACACGGGACAAAUACCUUCUGCAUUCGGCUUGGAUAUCACUAAAGAAGAUAAUGGACAGAUACAAGUGAAGCCCCACGAGUCACCAAGUACAUCAUCACCGUCAUCCGGCGAGGAGGCAGAGGUGUCACCGGACGAGGGAGCCGAGCAAACCGUAGAACAACAACCGCCCUCACUCAUUGACUUGUUGGGCGGUGAGCAAGCGAAGGCGCAAGCACAGGAAAGGAUGGAAGCCCAGGCCGUACAACAGGCCGCCAUGUCUGCUAUUGAGGCUGAAAGCAAAAAGGCCGUGCAAGUGCCCGCGCCGUCAGCGUUGUCCUCAAUAGACCUCUCGCAGUACACACGCCGAGCAGUCUCGUUCCUCGCCAGAAACUUCUACAACCUGAAGUACGUCGCGCUCGUGCUGGCUUUCUGUAUCAACUUCGUGCUGCUGUUUUAUAAGGUGUCUACCCUGGAAGAGGAGGGCGGCGAAGGUUCCGGUCUGGGAGAUCUCAUCAGCGGAUCAGGAUCUGGUCAAGGAGGGUCAGGGUCCGGAAGUGGGGAUGGUGGUAGCGGCGAGUCAGGCGAAGACGAUGAACCGUUAGAAGUGGUACAUAUAGAUGAAGACUUCUUCUACAUGGAGCAUGUGAUCAAAAUAGCUGCAGGACUCCACUCUAUAGUGUCGCUCGCCAUUCUCAUCGGUUACUACCAUCUGAAGGUGCCGCUAGCUAUCUUCAAACGCGAGAAGGAGAUCGCUCGUAAGCUGGAAUUCGACGGCCUAUACAUCGCCGAGCAGCCUGAGGACGACGACCUGAAGAGCCACUGGGACAAACUCGUCAUAUCCGCCAAAUCGUUCCCAGUGAACUAUUGGGAUAAGUUCGUGAAGAAGAAAGUUCGCGCGAAGUAUUCGGAGACCUACGACUUCGAUUCCAUAUCUAACAUGCUUGGCAUGGAGAAGACAUCGUUCACGGCUCAAGAAGAUGGAAGUACCAAGGGUUUUUUCCAUUACAUAAUCAACAUCGACUGGCGCUACCAGGUGUGGAAGGCGGGUGUGACAUUCACCGACAACUCGUUCCUCUAUUCUCUAUGGUACUUCAGCUUCUCCGUGAUGGGCAACUUCAACAACUUCUUCUUCGCCGCUCAUCUGCUGGACGUCGCUGUCGGAUUCAAGACUCUGAGGACCAUCUUGCAGUCUGUCACGCAUAACGGGAAACAGCUGGUGUUAACAGUGAUGUUGCUGACUAUCAUAGUGUACAUCUACACUGUGAUCGCGUUCAACUUCUUCCGCAAGUUCUACGUGCAAGAAGAGGAUGACGAGGUCAACCGGAACUGUCACGACAUGCUCACGUGCUUCGUAUUCAACUUGUACAAGGGCGUGCGCGCAGGCGGAGGCAUCGGCGACGAGCUGGAGCCCCCCGACGGAGACGACUCCGAGGUGUACCGCAUCAUCUUCGACAUCACCUUCUUCUUCUUCAUCAUCGUCAUCCUGCUCGCCAUCUUGCAGGGUCUGAUCAUCGACGCUUUCGGAGAGCUUCGUGAUCAGUUGGAGUCGGUAAAAGAGGACAUGGAGUCCAACUGCUUCAUAUGUGGCAUUGGAAAAGACUACUUUGAUAAGGUGCCACAUGGGUUCGACACCCAUGUGGCCAGAGAACAUAAUUUAGCCAACUACAUGUUCUUCCUCAUGCAUCUUAUAAACAAACCGGACACGGAAUAUACAGGUCAAGAGACGUACGUGUGGAAUAUGUAUACGCAGCGGUGUUGGGACUUCUUCCCAGUGGGAGACUGCUUCAGGAAACAAUAUGAAGACGCUAUGGGCGAGUAGACGGACACAGGCUACUGCAUGCAACCCUGUCGCAUUUACAUAUUUGGCAUUUAAUAAGACAUUUGUUUCGAUCUGUCAAAUAUGUUAAUGCGACAUGGUUCUAAAGUAGGUGGUAGCAGGGUGUAAGGAGGUGGCUGUAGGUUGGUGGUGGGUAGUAGAUGGUUCUUGUUUGUGUGACAUAUAAACAUAUAAUUAUUGCGUGUAGGGAUGUACUUUGUUCACUAGAUCGGUCACCAACGACUAAGUAUUUUUAUAUAUAUAGGUACCUAUUUAGAUUUUUCAGAAAUUAAAAGCUUUUUACUUCUCAUACCUUUUAUAAGAAAGAAGGUGUAGUUCUUAAAUUAAAUAAAAAAAGUACUUUAGAGCUCAGAGAAUAAUUAUGUGUUCUCUAUUCAAAUAAAUAAAUAUAUUAUAUUUCCUUUUAAUUAAAAAGGUCUUUCGUCUCAAUGACGCCAUCUAGUGAGCAAGCUCUGUAACUCCCUUUUCUAUCGACAUCAUAAUACUACCCAACCCCGCGCCCCGAACGUCUUUUCGAGCGGCGACAGCGCCAAAACCAGGGGGCCUAUGCCCCGAAGGUGUCUCGUCGCGGGCGAAACCGUGUGUGACGACAACCACACGACAUAAUACUAGUAAAUACAUGAGAUCAAUCGUUUAAAAGAUUGUAGGUACUUAAUAUGCAUUAUAUGUAGAUCGUUUGAGCAAUGUUAAUGUUUUGACAAACUAUUUACGAAGUGUAUGGAACGGAGAGUACAAAAGAGAAUACAGUCCAUAUGUAUGUUGUAUAGAAGGUUUAAUUUAAAAUGGCAAUUUAGUAAAUUCCAUUGCUCAAAAUAACACCAAAUUAGAAUAUUAAAUGUUUUAUUUCGGUUUGUAUAAAUAUAUAAAAAUUCAAUAAAUUUUGAACAUUUAAUAAUAAUUCCUUUCUUCUCAAGAUUCUCCAUAGAGUUUAAAAUAAAUAGCUUUGAAAGUUUAAACUUAUCAAAGAUUUAUAAACGAACUAAUAAUAUAUAGAUUAUAAAUAAAUACUUUUUCUAUUUUACUUCUUAAGUAUAAUUGUAAAAGUAAUAAUUAAGGUGGCCUUUCCAAGUAAACUUUUCUAU